AUGGGUUCGAAUGACGUUCAUGACAGGAUAAAUGUUGAGUCGCUACUUUUUCAUAAGGCGCACUUGACGCCUACAUAUUUCGUAUUGGACUCCGUCGACGACAGUAGCGUUGUCAGAUGGGAAGAAAACGUUGGGGAGAUGAUCGAUUUUUGCACUGAUUUGCUGAAUCGUAGUUCGGAAUCGUUCUGGAAGAUUGUUUCGAUCGAUGACUGUUCCAUCGUUUCCUUUGUCAAUUCCUAUUUGGUGGAAUGCCCCAGGUACUGUCAACCGGAAUCUAUGCGACGAACUUUCUUCAGUGCAAUCGAGCGCGUGUCUCUGUUGCAGAACAGCCUCCAUGAACAUAUCUUUCGACUGCUUGUUCGCUUAAGCGACUCCGCUGAGGCGCAGCCAUACAUCGCAUUCGAAAGCUUCUUUGGUGAUUUCAUGCACUCCAGCGGGCUUUUUGACCUGCCAAUGUUACUUGAUAUAUGUGCUAUUUACGGCAAAGACAAUCCAGAUUCCGUCGUAAACAUGGUGAACAAAGCCUUCAGCUCAGAACCAAGAUACACCGAAGAUUUGGAGACGGUGCUGUCACUACUUGCCAGGGUUUGCUGA